AUGUCUACAAUGUCUAUUCUCAGUGCUAAUAACACUAUAACCAUGACUGCUGCAGAUCUACUCACAUUCUGCCAGCAGAUGAUGAUGACUAUGUAUCAGAAUUCUGAUAGCAAUGACAGUGAAACCUCAAUUGACAUCUUGACAGAUAUGAAGAUGAUUGAUGAAACUGAUAUCUUAAUGAAGAAUCAGCAAGUGUUAUCUGAAGAAUUAACAGCUCUAGAGAAUGAGUGUUAA